GAACCGGAUCCGCUCCAGACCACUUCACAUCAGACUGAACAGGUCAGCAGCCGGACGUCGCCAUGCCUUUUGGGAACACCCACAACAAGCUGAAGAUGAAGUACUCGUCGGACCAGGAGUACCCUGACCUCAGCCAGCACAACAACCACAUGGCCAAGGUGCUCACGCCGGAGAUCUACGAGAGCCUGAGGGACAAGGAGACGCCCAGCGGGUUCACCGUGGACGACGUCAUCCAGACCGGCAUCGACAACCCAGGUCACCCGUUCAUCAUGACGGUGGGCUGCGUGGCCGGAGACGAGGAGACAUACGAGGUCUUCAAAGAGCUGCUGGACCCGGUGAUCGAGGACCGCCACGGGGGGUACAAACCAUCAGACCAGCACAAGACGGACCUGAACCCCGACAACCUGCAGGGAGGAGACGAUCUGGAUCCAGACUACGUUCUGAGCUCCCGGGUCCGGACCGGACGGAGUAUCCGCGGCUUCUGUCUUCCGCCUCAUUGCAGCCGCGGAGAACGGCGAGCCAUCGAAAACCUCUCCCUGGAAAGCCUGGACAUGCUGGACGGGGACUUAAAGGGGAAGUACUACGCUCUAAAGAACAUGUCAGAGGAGGAGCAGCAGCAGCUGAUUGAUGACCACUUCCUGUUCGACAAGCCAGUCUCCCCGCUGCUGCUGGCUUCCGGCAUGGCCCGCGACUGGCCCGACGGCCGCGGCAUCUGGCACAACGACAACAAGACCUUCCUGGUCUGGGUGAACGAAGAGGAUCACCUGCGAGUCAUCAGCAUGCAGAAGGGAGGCAACAUGAAGGAGGUGUUCAACCGCUUCUGCACCGGACUCACCAAGAUCGAGGGCUUGUUUAAGGAGCGCAGUCACGAGUUCAUGUGGAACGAACACCUGGGCUACGUCCUCACCUGUCCGUCCAACCUGGGGACGGGACUGAGAGCCGGAGUCCACGUCAAGCUGCCCAACGUCAGCAAGCACGACAAGUUCGGAGACAUCCUGAAGAGGCUGAGGCUGCAGAAGAGGGGCACAGGUGGCGUGGACACGGCGGCGGUGGGCGGAGUCUUUGACAUCUCCAACGCCGACCGGCUGGGCUUCUCCGAGGUGGAGCUGGUGCAGAUGGUGGUGGACGGAGUCAACCUGCUGGUGGACAUGGAGAAGAAGCUGGAGGCCGGAGAGAGCAUCGAUGACAUCAUACCUGAGCAGAAGUGACCUGUGACCUCUGACCCCCCCUCCCUCACUGUAACCAAUCAGAAACCGUUUAGAGCCGCUUCACUUGACUUCAGUCUUCCUUUUCUAUUUCCUGUUGGACCCGUCUAACACCUGAAAUAUGUAAUAAAGUCUGUAUGGCCCUCCUUCAUUCUGCAAUGUACCACACGACAUAG